GCCAAGAUGGCGUCGCCCGCUUCGGCUCGCUCCUCGGCGGGGAAGCGAGUCGUGAAUCAGGAUGAGCUGCGGCGGCUGAUGAAGGAGAAGCAGCGCCUGAGCAGCAACCGGAAGCAGAUCGCGUCGCCUUUCGCGAAGUACAACCGUUUGGGGCAGUUGAGCUGCGCCCUGUGUAACACCCCGGUGAAGAACGAACUCCUGUGGCAGACGCACGUCCUGGGGAAGCAGCACCGAGAGAAGGUGGCCGAGCUGAAAGGGGCCAAGGACGCCAACCCGGCUCGGGCGGCCAGCACCGUGGCCCCGGCCACCAAGAGGAAGACGCCGGACGCUGAGAGCCAAGAGAGCAAAAGAGCCAAGGCCGCCCCGGGGCCGCAGGCCCAGCCCUCCACCUCCGCCCGUUCGACCAUCUCGGAUAAAGCCGACGAGGAGGCUCCGAGGGCCACUCCAAAGCCUCCGGGGCUCGGCCUACUCCCUGAUUACGACGACGAGGAGGAGGAGGGCGAGGAAGAGGAGGAAGAGAAAGGAGCAGAAGGGAAGAAGGGGGACGGGGGCAAGCCGCCCUCGGAUGCUCCAGGCAAGGAACACGGACUCCCCGUUGCGUGCGAGGCAGCGGCUAGUGGUAGUAGUACCUUGCCAGGCCCUUUCCAGGAUACAAAUCCCCUCCAGGCCCCUGUCAUUCCUCAUUCGGGGUAUGAGAAAGCUGAGAUACACGAAAAGGUCGUGGAGAGGCGAAACACCGCGGAAGCAUUGCCCGAGGGGUUUUUCGAUGACCCGGAGGUGGACGCGCGAGUGCGAAAGGUCGAUGCCCCCAAAGAUCAGAUGGACAAAGAGUGGGACGAGUUUCAGAAGGCCAUGAGGCAGGUGAACACGAUUUCCGAGGCCAUCGUGGCCGAGGAGGAUGAGGAGGGACGUUUGACCGCCAGAUUGGGGAUUGACGAGCAGAUAGAGUGUUACCGUCGGGUGGAGAAGCUGCGGAAUCGUCAGGAUGAAAUCAAAAAUAAACUCAAGGAAGUCCUGACCAUCAAGGAGCUGCAGAAGAAAGAAGAGGAGAAUGUUGACAGCGACGACGAAGGAGAACUGCAGGACUUGCUGUCGCAGGACUGGAGGGUGAAAGGGGCUCUGUUAUAGCAGUUUAGAGACCCAAGGUUCAAACUCUCUGCAAUUAUAUAAAAGUGUCUUCUCAUUCUACCACCCA